AGCGCAGGACUGGGCCCGAGCGGAUCGCGGGCUCGGAGUGCGGGCGCUGGGCGGGCCGGGCGCGGAGCCUGGGAGCGGAGCCCAGGCCGUGCCGCGCGGCGCCAUGAAGGGCAAGGAGGAGAAGGAGAGCGGCGCGCGGCUGGGCGCCGGCGGCGGCAGCCCGGAGAAGAGCCCGAGCGCGCAGGAGCUAAAGGAGCAGGGCAACCGGCUCUUCGUGGGCCGCAAGUACCCGGAGGCGGCGGCCUGCUACGGCCGCGCCAUCACCCGGAAUCCCUUGGUGGCAGUGUAUUACACCAACCGGGCACUGUGCUACCUGAAGAUGCAGCAGCACGAGCAAGCCCUGGCUGACUGCCGGCGCGCCCUGGAACUGGACAGCCAGUCUGUGAAAGCACACUUCUUCCUGGGGCAGUGCCAGUUGGAGAUGGAGAGCUAUGAUGAGGCUAUUGCCAACCUGCAGCGAGCCUACAACCUGGCCAAGGAGCAGCGGCUCAAUUUUGGGGAUGACAUCCCCAGUGCUUUGCGCAUUGCCAAGAAGAAACGCUGGAACAGCAUCGAGGAGCGGCGCAUCCACCAGGAGAACGAGCUGCACUCUUACCUCACUCGACUCAUUGUGGCUGAGCGUGAGAGGGAGCUGGAGGAGUGUCAGCGGAACCACGAGGGUGAAGAGGAUGACGGCCACAUCCGGGCCCAGCAGGCCUGCAUCGAGGCCAAGCAUGAUAAGUACUUGGCAGACAUGGAUGAGCUCUUCUCCCAGGUGGAUGAGAAGAGAAAGAAGCGAGACAUCCCUGACUACCUGUGUGGCAAGAUCAGCUUCGAGCUGAUGCGGGAGCCGUGCAUCACGCCCAGUGGCAUCACCUAUGACCGCAAGGACAUUGAGGAGCACCUGCAGCGCGUGGGCCACUUUGACCCUGUGACUCGGAGCCCCCUGACCCAGGAACAGCUCAUCCCCAACCUGGCCAUGAAGGAGGUCAUUGAUGCGUUCAUCUCGGAGAAUGGCUGGGUGGAGGACUACUGAGGCAGGGCAAGUGGGCAGGCCCCUCACCCACCCUGCCCAGUAUCCUGGCUUCUUGGGAGGGCCUUGGGGCAGUAGCCCCCAGCCUCUGUACAUAGUUCGUGUCCCUGGAUCCCCACCCUGGUAUCCCCAGCCCCAGCCCCACCAGUUCUGCUGGGCCAUGAGGCUCCCCCAUCCUCCUGUGCCGGAAACGGCAGGUGAGGGUGGGCCAGGCCGACGUUGCUGCUGCCAACACUGUCCCUGUAAUAAAAUCCGUGAGCACUA